AUGAAGGAUAGAGGGCACGCUUACCCAGUGAACCAGUCUAGCAACUCUCCAGGAGGGGAAAGUGUAACAGCAGAACAAGACAAGAAAGCAAACCUGCUGAAAUGUGAAUUCUGUGGAAAAUAUGGCCCGGCCAAUCAGUUCCGUGGUUCUAAGAGAUUUUGUUCUGUAACAUGUGCCAAGAGGUACAAUGUGGGCUGCAGUCACCAACUUCGGCUGCAAAGAAAGAAAAUGAAAGAACUCCAGGAAGCAAAUUAUGCCCGUCGGCGACGUGGACCUUGGCGCAGCAGCUCAGAGAUUGCUCGAGCCAAGAUCCAGGGCAAACGUCACAGGGGCCAAGAAGAUUCAAGUAGAGGAUCCGAUAACUCCAGCUAUGAUGAAGCUCUGUCCCCUACGUCCCCAGGACCCCUUUCAGUGAGGCCCAGUCACGGUGACCGGGACCUUGGCAGCUCAAAUAUGAUUCAACCUAUCCCUGACCUCCAUGGCAUCAAUCCAGUUUUCCUAUCCAGCAAUCCCAGCCGCUGGAGUGUAGAGGAAGUGUAUGAAUUUAUUGCAUCCCUACAAGGUUGCCAGGAGAUUGCAGAGGAGUUUCGCUCUCAGGAGAUUGAUGGUCAGGCCCUCCUCCUUCUGAAGGAAGAGCACCUCAUGAGUGCCAUGAAUAUCAAACUGGGCCCUGCUCUCAAGAUCUGCGCUAAGAUUAACAUUCUCAAAGAGACCUAAGAACAUGGAAAGACAGACUGAUUCCCUCUUGUAGACUGCGACUCUUGCCCCAGCUUUUCAGCGUAGAGGGAACUGAUGGAAACCAAGCUCUUAUAAGCCUGUCCCUUGGUGCUACAUAGAGAACAGCUCCCUUGGAGUCCUUAAAGCAUYUCAUGUUGCCUGCAAGUUCUCUAGCCUGUGACUUGUUCCUGAGGGCAKCAUGGCAAAGAUGCYGAWUUAUUCUGUGCUGAGGCUUCUUAGUGGAAGGGGUGAGGGAGCYAUUUUUCUUCUCAGUACCAGAGUUUUUGGAUGUUCAUGUUCUCCUUCCCAUGGGAUUUUUCUUCUGCACAGAUUCACAGAGGAUCAACACACCUUGCUUAUUUUUUCUCUUGCCGAGGAGGGGAAGCUGAAAGAUUACAUUUGGAACUGAAGUUUUUAACAACAUCAUGUUCCUUUCUUGGUGUUGACUGGAAGUCAGUAGCAAACUGACCAUCUAGAACACUAAAGCUAAAGUAUUGUGGAUCAUUUGAAGGAGAAGAGCUUGUUCAUUCCUAAUGGAACCCUUCCCUAGACAACAAGAGCACUUUUGGCUAUAGCAUCAGAGGAGAAUGUCUUUUAAAGAUCAUAUAAUUCCACUUGUUUGUGUUGUGUGUUUUGGAGAUACCACCCCAGAUCCAAAGGAGAAUCCAAGUGUACUGAACUCCAGUUGUUUCUAUCUUGCUUCUAAAAGUUUUCUUUGUUCAGUUUUGUACUUUGCCCUCCCCCUGAGAGAGCAUUUGGGACAAAAGCUUCUUCUUGCAGGUUUGUAUCUCUUAUCAAAGCCUGUAUAUUUUUCUUUAUUA